AUGGUCGUGGUCGCGGACCCGGUCUUGUCCUCCAUGGCCUCCAGCCUCACCACCUUCUUCGCCAACUUGGUGUUGGCGGAGAUCAGCGAGCACCGGGCCGUCAAGGGCGACGUCAACAGGCUCAAGACGAACUACGAGCGGGUGGCGCUGAUGAUGGAGUCGGCGGAGCGCAAGGUGAUGCUGGACGACGAGGUGGCCAGGUACUGGCUGAAGCGGGUCAAGGACCACAUGUACCAGGUCGAGAACGUCGUCGACCAUUGGAUCAUCAAGAACGAGAAGAAGCACAGGGGAUCUCAUAGAAGGUCGCUUAGCUGCGGUGAUUGCUCUGAUAAUAGGAAACUUGCUGCCGCCAUAAAGGAGUUGAAUGUGGAUUUUGAGAGCAUACUGAAGCUUAAAGAUGAGACUAAGACAGACCAGCACGCAAUUCGAUCAUAUGGAAAGACAGCAUCUGACUACAAUGCUGAUAUUAUUGGUGACUAUGUUGACAGCGAUGCUAGUGAUAUAAUUGAGUUAUUACAUAGUUCCAAGAAAAGAUGUCGUCUUAUUGCGAUAGUUGGAAUGGUUGGAAUUGGCAAGACUACUCUUGCUCGGAGGAUAUAUCACAGAGUCAAGGUUGGUGAUGGUAACGAUCAACACUUUGAGAUAAAAUUAUGGAUACGUUUCUCCAAUGAUUUGAGUUCACUGAUAAUGUGGUCGGAUUGUCGUAAGGAAGGAUCAACUAAUGCUCAACUACAGAACCUAGGGGCUGAAAUAGCUAAUAAGAAAUUCUUGCUAGUAGUUGAUUCUGUCUGGACAGAAAAUGUUUGGGAGGCGUUGUUGGAGGGUCCUCUGCUGCAGGGCAACUGUGAAAGCAGUAGAGUGAUAUUAACUACCAGAAAUAAGCAUAUUGCUAAAAGAAUCGGGGCUGGUCAUAUCCAUUAUGUCAAAAGGAUGAACAACAUUGAUGCUUUGAGCUUGCUGUUUCGAAGAGCUUCGAUUAGUGAGAAUGACGAAGCAGACUUAAAGGACAUUGGGCAACAGAUAGUCAAGAAAUGUGAUGGUCUCCCGCUUGCCAUCAGGAGUAUAGGGCGGACUCUAAGGAGCCAUGAGCCGACAAGGCAUGACUGGGAGACUGUCUACCGGACUGCAUUUCAGGACCUUUCACCAGAGGAACAAUACAUGAUCAACUUGAGUUUUCAGAAUUUGCCAUCUUACAUGAGGCAGUGCUUUCUUUACUAUUCAGUCUUUCCUGAAGAUUUCUUCAUCGAGAAACAGUACAUUAUACAACAAUGGAUCUCUGAGGGCUUCAUUGUGGAGAAGAGAAAACUAACCAUGGAAGAGGUUGCGGAGUAUUAUUUUGAUGAGUUGAUUGGAAGAGGUCUCCUCCAUCUUGAGUUUGGGAAUGCUGGUGCCAUAGGAGCGAAGAUGCCUAUCAUGAUCCGCUCAUUCGCAAAGGAUGUGUCUGAUCAUGAGAACUUUUGCAAUGAAUCAAUGUCUACAACAAAUAUUUUUGAAGCCCGGAGGUUGUCCAUAGUUAAAAACAAUGAGGCAGAUAAGCAUAAUGAUGAUAGCAAUGAAAAUGGUGACAAUGGUGGGAUCAUAGGAGGAGAAGAAAAUAUCAAUGAAAACAAGGCAAAUAACGGCCACUUAAAUAAUGAUGAAGCCAAAAAAGAUGCAAAAUCUGGUGAAAGUGCAUCGUUGCAUGGACUAAAAAGGAUGAAGUACCUAAGGACACUAGUACUUCAUAAGAGCACAGUACCAGAUGGCAUUCGAGUGGACACGUUCAAACAGCUAAAUCUUUUAAGAGUGCUUGACCUUCGUGAAGUGAGGGGUAUUGAGGUUCUACCUAUUGCUGUAGGAAGCCUAGAGCGUCUUCGAUACUUGAAUAUUUCUCAAACAAAGAUAAAAAGAGUCCCUAGGAGCAUAGUAGACCUGAAGAUGCUCCAGUACUUCCUUCUCAGAAACUGCUCGCAAAUAGAGACACUUCCAAAGGGCACUGGAACUAAGACAUUUGAGCUCAAGGAGCUUGAGCUAUGUUACAUUAAUGUUGACCCUACAUUGGUGCAAGAUAAAAAGAUGGACAAAAGAAUGGAAGUUCUCGACAAGUUUGACCCUCACAAAUGCCUAGUACAUCUCAAAAUUGAGAACUACUAUGGGAUGCAGUACCCUUCAUGGAUAUCAACUCUCUCAAACCUCCAGCGACUCCACCUCCAAAAUUGUGUAUGGUGCGAGAAACUCCCUUCAUUAGGGGAGCUGCCACAACUCAAGUUCCUAGCUGUGACAGGCUUUGCCAGGCUAUGUUCGCUUGGCAUGGAGUUUAGGGGUGAUCUGCAGGACAAGGUAGCAUUUCGCAGGCUCCAGCUGCUUUUCAUUGGUGGCAUGGAAGCUCUACAUACAUGGUCUGAUCUUAAGAGCCAGGAUUUGCCACAACUUCAAGUACUCAGCUUACUAGGAUGCAUAAAGUUGACAGCUAUUCCACUCAUUCUUCAAAAGUCAACGACACUAACGAGGUUGGAGGUUGAUACCAGAACUAAGAUUGGUAUCGAGGAUAAGCUCCAGGGCUUCACAAAGGGCAAAGUAAUCAAUAUGGACAACACAUGGGAGCCACAAAGAGAUGAAAGUUUUGAAGCCCUAGUGGCUCUACCAAAUGCGUACCCUCCUCAACAAGAUGAAAUUGUUGAAGCGGCAGAGACACAAAAUGCACAACCACCUCAACAAGAUGAAAUUAUUGAAGCAGUGACCUCACAAAAUGCACACCCCUCUCCACAAGACCAAAUUAUUGAAGCGAAGGUGGCCCCACAAAAUGAGAGGCCUGGAAGAUUCAAGCUUGAUUGGAAAAAGGCUAUGCUUUCAUCAUUGCUUUCUUUGCACUUUUGCUACUGCUCUUCAUCAUUGCUAAGACCCUAUAGGAUUUGA